AUGAGACUCGUUUCUCUCUGCCUCUCGACACUCUUUGCUGCUGAUGCAUUGGCUUCGUCCUUUGCUCGCACGUCGGUCAAGCCAAAGCAUCGUUCCGUGUCGAAAGAUGUUGCGCACCAACGUAGAUUAGCCAAGAGAGAUGCGUCGAGCCUUUGUUCGGCUACAGGAUCGAUCAAGCCAAAGUUCUUCAUCAUCAGCAUGUUCGACCCUGAAGCAGACAUCUGGUACCAAGACACGACUCUCAACCUUUACGCAAACAACGUGACUGUGCCUGGAUUCUCUCCUCUCUUCCCUGACGCACACUGUACUGCAUCCGGCGAGGUCUGUCAGAUGACCACCGGUGAGGGCGAGAUCAACGCUGCCGGCUCCGUUAAUGCUCUCUGGGUGUCUGGAUGCUUCGACCUGACUUCCACUUACUUUAUGAUCGCUGGUAUCUCUGGUGGCAAUCCUCACGUUGUUACCACUGGCUCAGUGACAUUUGCCAAGUACGCUGUGCAAGUUGGCUUGCAAGAAGAAUUCGAUCAAUCUCAAGUUCCAGCAAAUGACACAUCCGGGUACUUCCCUCAAGGUGCUUACUACCCCGAUGAGUCGAACCCCAUUGAUUAUCCUACCUCGAUCUACGGUACAGAAGUGUUUGAGGUCAACGAGAACCUCCUUGAUCGUGCUUUCUACCUCGCGUCUCUGGCCACUUUGAACGAUACCGAGGAUGCUGCCAAAUACCGUGCCACUUACGGCUACGCUCCCGCCAACCAGCCUCCAAGCGUCGUGAAGUGCGACAGUGCUACAUCAGACCAGUAUUGGUCUGGCUCUGUCCUUGGAUAUGCUUUCAGCAACUACACCGACCUCAUGACUAACGGAACUGGACUCUACUGCGGUACUCAGCAGGAAGACAAUGCUACCCUCGAGUCUCUGCUUCGCGGUGCCAUCCUAAAGAAGCUUGACUUCAGCCGCAUCAUCAUUAUGAGAACCAUCAGUGAUUUUGACCGCGCUCCUCCCGGCGAGACUGAGGUCUACCAUCUGCUUUACGCAGAUCAAGAAGGUUUCGAGAUUAGCAUUCAGAACAUCUACCUUGCGGGUAUUGAGAUUGUGAAGGACGUCCUGAUGUAUUGGAAUUCAACAUACGCUGGUGGUCUGAAGCCAGGAAACUACAUUGGAGACAUUUUUGACAGUCUUCCUGGCGACAUUCCUCCUAACAUCGGCACUCCUGCCUACUACAUCAACUAA